UAUUGCGUGGUUCGUUCAUUGUCUUAGAGACAGAACCCACAAUCCUGGGAGCUCAAAAUAAGAACAAACUGAACAACUUCAAAGACUGAGAGAGAGAUAGAUGGGAAGGAGUCCGUGCUGUGCAAAAGAAGGGUUGAAUAGAGGAGCAUGGACAGCUUCAGAAGAUAAAAUGCUGACCGAGUAUAUUAAAGUUCAUGGUGAAGGAAAAUGGAGAAAUGUACCCAAAAGAGCAGGAUUGAAAAGAUGUGGGAAAAGUUGCAGAUUGAGAUGGUUGAAUUAUCUGAGACCUGGUAUUAAGAGAGGCAACAUUAGUCGGGAUGAAGAGGAACUGAUAAUCAGGCUGCACAAGCUCCUUGGAAACAGGUGGUCUUUAAUUGCUGGGAGGCUUCCAGGGCGAACAGACAAUGAAAUCAAGAACUACUGGAACACCAAUAUUGGAAAAAGAUUACAAGACCACCAUCAAACCAACUCUUCAUCAAAUACUAGAAGAGCUUCAUAUCAGUACCAAGAAUCGGUCGAAAAAUCGCCAUCGAAGCGUCCCAAGAUUGAUAAAGAUUCCAAUUUGAUCUGGACAAAAGCUUCAAAGUGUAACAAAGUGGUCAUUAGUCCUUUAGAGCCACAAAAUUUUGACCAAGUCGUUGACAGUAAGCAACAAGCCGCGGCAGCCGUAGGGUCAGUGGUGGUAAAAAAUAAUAAUAAAGAUGAUGUGAAGGGAGGUGAAGCAUUACUGGAAUUCAAUAUUCAGGAGAAUAAUCUAUCGGAUUUCAUGAUGGAUUUGCAGAUGGACGAGCAUUUACUAUCAUUUCUCAACUCAGAUUUCUCACAAUUAUCAUAUUUGGAAAAUAAUAUCAACAAUGGAGGUCCUAGUGGCACCACGACAAUUAAUUGCCCAGUUGACAAAGGCCCUUCAGCUGAUGAUCCGGAAUCUAAUCAAAUCCUUUUGUUUUGUGAAGACAAGAAGAAGCUCCAUGACUCGGAUUUUCUCACGAUGGAUUCAUUAAUCGGCUCCGAAUUUGAAUGGUUUCAAGACUAAUUAAUUAGCUAACUUAAUUAAAUUAUUGUAAUUAUUAUUAUUAUGUAUAUAUAUAUAUGACUGUGUAUAGAUAAUUAAAGAUGUAGCUAUUGCAAAAAUAAGGUAAUUUUCCAUGUGCAAUAGAAUAUCUCUUUCUCUUUCUUUGAGCUUCUCGUUUGCAAUCUA